CUCCAACGAUGCGUAUCGACCCUUUGCGAGUCACACGAAGCCAUCGACGACAGCCUCCGAUCAUGGCUAGAGCUCACGACGCAGCUGCACGACGCGAGCAGGGUGGAUGGCGACGCGGACGCCACUGUGGUCACGUCGGUGCAGAUGCUAGUGGGGAGCCAGCUGUUUCGCGAGCACAGGGAGUACGUGCGCACGCAGAUCAUACACAGCCUCCUGCAGGAGGACGAGACGGGACCGCUGUCGGCGAUAACGGGCCUGCUUCUGCUCGACGGGCAGGAUGACGAGAGGGUCUUCUCGAAGAUGAUCAACGAGGCGUGCUUCCCCAGACUGCUGGAUCUGAUUGUUCGGAGGGGGGACGACGAGCAGCAAGAUGGCGAUGUCUGUGCUGGCACGGACCCGAGCCUUCAUCGAUUCCUGCUGCAGCUCAUGUAUGAGAUGUCUAGGAUGGAGAGGCUCCGGCACGACGAUAUCAAGCUUGUCGAUGAUGCGUUUAUACACUACCUUUUCGGUCUUAUCGAGAACGUCUCGGACGAUGUCAGCGAUCCGUAUCACUAUCCUACCAUUCGAGUUCUGUAUAUGCUAGCAUCCACAGACUCGGCGACUGCGUGUUCAGACCCACAGGCGCAGCCGCAGCCGCUGACGAACCGCAUCGUCAAGUGCCUGAGUCUGCACGGUGACUCGUUCCGCACGUUUGGCGAGAAUAUCAUUCUCCUACUCAACCGGGAGACAGAGACGUCGCUGCAGCUGCUGAUCCUCAAGCUGCUGUACUUGCUGUUCACGACGCGGGCGACGUACGAGUACUUUUACACAAACGACCUCCGGGUGCUCCUGGACGUCAUCAUCCGCAACCUGAUGGACCUCCCGGACGAGAAGAGCUCGCUGCGGCACACAUACCUGCGCGUGCUGUACCCGCUGCUGGCGCACACGCAGCUCAGCAGCCCGCCUCACUACAAGCGGGACGAGAUCCUCCGAGUACUGAGCAUCAUGCGCGGGUCGCACAACGCCCACUUCGCGCCGGCGGAUGAGACGACGCUCCGUCUGGUGGACCGCGUGUCCAAGGUGCCGUGGCUGGAGUCCCCGGACGAGCGCGACCAGCAAGGACGGGGAGAGGCUGAGGUGGCCCGGAAGAUGAUUGGCAUCAGCCUAUCGCCCACACACACAGCCAGCAACGUCAGCGUGUGCGACGUGGCGGGCGUCAUGGAGAAGCCGGGAGUACAGACGCCCAGUCGCAACAACAAUAACGGCAGUGUCAAUACCGGGGAGGAAGAGACGCCGUCGUCGUCACAGGAAGCCAAAGCUUCCCGUGCUGGCCCCGUCCCGACCAUGACGACUGCCAGGAGGGCCCUUCCGGCCGUACCGAAACAUCGCCACGGUACACCGUUUGCACAGACGCAGAAACAGCAGACGGGGGUUAGCAAAGCGCCCGCCAAGAAGACGCCGCCCAAGGCGCCGCCGCCAAGACGAUUCGGCAAAUCGAAAUCUAUACAGUCUACUUCGGUGGAUACGACACAAGAAUCUGGAAAGGCAAAGGAGCCAACGUCAUCGGUAGAAGCGUGA